AUGUCGUCGUUUCAUUAUGACUUCAUCUUGUCCAAACGAAGCUCCCUUGCAAAAGUAUGGCUUGCAGCACAUUGGGAGAAAAAGCUCAGCAAAGUUCAAAUAUUUGAGACUAAUUUACAAUCAAUUGUCCAAGACAUUCUCCAUCCAAAAACGCCAAUUGCCUUGCGUACGUCGAGCCAUCUUCUCGUUGGCCUGGUGCGGAUAUAUUCACGAAAAGCGAAAUACCUGCUAAAAGAUUGCUCAGACACGUUGGUUAGUAUUAAAGUGGCAUUUAGGCCUGGAGUGUCGAGCUUACAUAAACCAACCAAGCAAAGGAAAUCUGUGAAGGAGAUUAUGGAUUGUCCAUUGUUUCUCACAGAGAAAGUUGAUUUGCUAGAUCAAUGGAUCCCAGAAGUUAGGUAAGGCUAUUUAUAUGUGUAAUUUUGUAUAAUUUAAUCAUAAAAAUUAGAAAGAAAAAGUCAAUUCUGGUAAUGUGAUGAUAGCAUUAUCAUAUUUCAUGGCUGAAAUAAUUCAUUAAUUAAAGCCAGGGCUUACCGAUUGAAAGCUUUGCAAUAAUAAAAUAUAUAUUUUUGUCCCCCCCUAAAACAAGUGGUUUGUUUCAAAAUAAGCCCCCCCCCAAACACGCAUAAGUAAUUAUGAUCAAACAUUUCUGUAUAAUCACGAACAAAAGAUUCUCCUCGUAAUGUUUUUAAUCACCUGAAAAUAGAGGGUCCCCCCCCCAAAAAAAAUAGAAUACAUUCUGAAUUCUACAUUACAGUAAGGUGGGUAUGGACCAUUAGAAAAAUUAUGGGGGUGUAUGGAAAAAUGCUUCAAACGAGGAAAUGAAAGGAAAAACAUUUGCGAAGAAGAAAGCAAAGAAUGAAAUACCUUUAAAAUUCCACAAAAAAAUUACAGCAUUUUAUAACCAGAUGGCUGGAAAAAUUUGUGCAAGCUGAAAAUCCUCCCUCGAGACUUUUCUAUUGGUCUGCCCCUUAUUGGAAGUUAAUCUCUGGAAAAUGGUUCAUUUUAGCAUUAUUGAACUUGAUUGUACAUUGAAUCAGAGCAAAAUUGAAGAGAUCACACUACGUGAAGAACCAAUGAAAGUGAGCGCACUGGAAGAUUAUUUCGACGACGAAGGCUUUGGAGAGAUGGAUAAUGAUAGUUCAGGUUAGUGUGUCUGUGUGCGGCAUACACAAGGCUUCAAAUUUGCAAUAUCCUGAUACACACAGGAUACUGGUUUUAGCCUAAGUGUCAGGCUCUAUUUUACAAAUUGAACCUGUCACAUUAACCUUAAUGUGGUUGCUCUUUACCUACAGUAAAGAUUAAACUUAGUAUCAAUCAAAAUGUCUUGUCUAUCUUAACAGGGAAUGGGGGAAUAUAUCGGGGAAUAUCAUUAGAAUAA